AUGGAACCUAACCAGAAUAAAUGCUUCGAUGGUUUUGAUAAAUCAUACUUACCCAACAAUCGACAGAAAGAGAUCGUGACAGUGAAGUCGUCAGGAGAUAUGUCCAAAAAAUACAAGAAACUUAGAAGUGGCCUACAGGAGUAUGGGAAUUGCGCGUCUUUCCACGGAUUGCGAUUUGUGACGGAUCCACAUGCAAACAAACCUAGAAGGAUAUUUUGGAUCGUUCUUCUGCUGGCCUGCCUCGCCGUCCUUGUCUAUCAAAUAGUGGACAGAGUAACACACUUUUAUUCCUAUCCUGUUACUGUUAAUGUAAAAGUCAAUUACAACACGACGCUGGAUUUUCCGGCAGUCACAAUUUGCAACCAAAAUGCAUUCAAGUAA